AUGGACUCGGAUGUCUACAACCCGAUCAAGGAGACUGAGACUCACCGAUUCCUGAAGCGCAUACUCGCAAAACCCAAUCAACUGCAAGCUCAUAUUCGACACACCGCUAGCACUGUCGUCGUGCGAAUAUCCUGUUAUGACUUAAAUGAGAACAACGAUCCCUUACUUACUUCUCUGCAUGUUUGCCCAGGUAUGCACAACUCAGAAGGCGUCGAUUAA